CCCACUUAAGCUUUAUAUCUAGAAGAAAAAAGCUGAUUAACCCACCCCCUUCUAUGUCCUGACCCAACUGUGCGAGACGAGCUGAAGUCAGGUGAAGAUCCCUUCUUUCGGGAAGACUCGGGACCCUUAUCUGGCCUGGGUGCCUCAGAUGCUGACUUCAUGUUUGGGACGGAGGUGAAUUCCCAUGAUCCUCUACGCCUGCCUUGUGAGGCUUCAAGAUGGCCUCCCGCUCUCUGCCUCCACCGAUUUCCACCCGAACAUGCAGAUUCUGGAGUGCAAGAGGUGGGUGAAGAGGCUUUCUGUCACCCUGUCCCAGCGCCCGUCCAGAGGCACCACCAACGUCUGCAACUUCCACAUACAUUUUCUCUCAUCAGGUGACAUCUCCUCCUUGGUGGUUUGCUCCAGCACUUACCCCCCCGCCACUGCAUUCAGCUUCCUGGAAGAGCUAGUCUGGGAGUUCUCCGCAUCCUACAACAGCACAGCCAUCGCCCUGGCCUCCAGGCCCUACGCCUUCCUUGAGUUUGAUAGCGUCAUACAACGUGUGAAACACAAUUUUAACUCUGCUGGCAGCUCCCCCCGAGACCCCCUGGAUCCCACCUCCCCUCCUGUCUAUGUAAAAUUAGAAGAUAUAGGGGAGAGCAACGGCUUCGCCAAUGGGCACGUGACUGCACAAGUGCACGCAGGUGUGAAUUGCCGAAUGUCCCCCGUGAGCCCUCUGGGUAUCCUGUCCCUGACCCUGAGCAUCAUGUGCGCUGCAUUGAGUCUGAUCCGUGGAGUUCACCUGGCUGAGCACUCCUUCCAGGACGGGUAUGAAAAUUCCGGAAGAGUUGUGGCUUUCCUUACAGCCUUCUCUGCAACCAUAUCGCAGUGUUACCUGUAUCUCUUCUACUCUCCGGCCCGGACUGGGAAAGCCUUGGGAUUGGUCCUCGUGAUCGGCCUGUGUAACACGUAUUUAUAUGGACUGCGCAACGCCUGGCAAAUCCUCUUCCACGUUUUCGUGGCGUUCCUUUCUGCACAUCAAAUCGUACACCGGAAACCUCUGGACAGGCACGGCGGGGGCGGAGCUUAGGAGAAGCCACUGCUGU